AUGUUUUUAAAUACUAUGAAACUGGUUUUUAAAAAAAAGUUCGAAAAAAGACCACAAAAUUACUCAGAUUUAAUUAAAACUGCUCAAUCAGUUUUCUUUUGGACGAACGGUCGUUGGGAUCAAUUAGAUGUCUGGCAAAAAGAAAUUUUUUCCCUUAUUGGUAGUGUUGUUGUUGUUACAAUUUUACAUAAUAUUUCUGCAUUUGAUGAUGCAAAUGAAGUUAGUAGACAUGCUGCGUUAAAAUAUAGAGCAGAAAUGAUCGCAGAAUAUGAAACAAUUGAUAAACCAUCCGGAAGUCAAGAGUUAAAUCCUCGAUAUAUUUAUUUUACGAGUAAAACGGAUUAUAUUAAAAAUUGGUUAAAAAAAUCUGAAAAAGCUAGGAAAAGUCAUAGAAAUUAUUUGGCCGAAAUUGAGAAUGAUUUAUGGCAUUAUGAUGAUGACGGUGAUGUUGAGGAUUAUUACUAUGACAGUAAUAAUAAAAGGAAAAAUUGGAAUCAUUUUCAGAAUUAUUCUUAUGUUUCACCAAAUGUUGGAAUCCCACUAUCCUUAUAUUGGUUUGUUGAUAAAGAUGAAAAUAAUAAGAAAUUUCAACCUUCACUUAUGACUUCUUCGAUAAUGCGAAAAGAGAUUAUUUAUAAUGAUGUUAAAAUAUUACAAGAAAAGAUUCAGCAUUUAAUUUUUAUAUUACAAAAUCAGCAAAAUUAA